CUAAGGAAAAGUCUAAAUAAUUUUUAACUCAGUAAAAAAAUAAAAAAAUAAAUAAAUAAAAUAUAUAUAUAACCUGAUGUAAAAGCUAAAAACACUAUGAGGAAAAAAACCGGAAGCGCAACAUCUCCGUUAAUGAGCGUCAUUUAAUUGACGCACAGAACUCUGGUCUCCAUGGAAACGCGUCAUUUGAACAGAAGUCAACUUCACAGCUUCCUGUCACUGGGUCCCGCUUUAACACCGAUCCAGCUGAAGAGUAAAUUCAAAGGGCGUUGCACUGAUGUUUAAGAAUCGGGACCAUAGGUGGAAUAAAGAGAGGGGAGGUACAGAGGCGAAGCAAGUCGCUCCUACCAUGCAGACUUUUUCGACGCUGCUGCACCCCAAGCCGGCUGCAAAGAAGGCCUCAAAGUCGUCCCCCUGCAGCUCUGGGAAAAGUGUUUCAUCUAAACCAGGGAGUCUGCGGAACAAAGGUUCAGUGUCCUGCCUUCAAGCUAUCUCCAGCGAAACCCAGAGUAUGCGCGGCGAGCUGGCAACGACUUCAAAGGUCCCCCGCAGAGGAAAGCCCCCCCUGGCAUUCAGAUGUGAUGUACACCCUGCGCAGCACCACAACAAGCACAAGCCUGAGCAUGUGAGGGAAGGAGCAUUAAACGGAUCCGCGCACGGGGCGGCGAGCAAGCUGACAAAAAGCUGGGAUGUCCUGAGGAGCAAGAACAAGAUGAAACACCUUUUUAACAGAGCAAACAAAGAGGAGAUCGCAGACUCUGAGCUUCCCUUCAGAGCUGAGGAUCUGGACAGCUCCCUGCCAGGCACCGCCGGCGUCAAACACUGUCCUAUAUUUGACACGCAGUCCAGUGAAUCUGAAGACGAGGAGUCAGAUGACGAUGACUUAUUAGCUGCCUGGAAGGACGUAUUUGAGAGACGUGAGCCUAGUCUGAUCACCUUUCCAGGAGCAGUUUGUCGGUCAAGCUUAACUUCCACCAGCUGCUCCGACAGUGCCCAUAGCCUGGAGUCUUUCGAAUCACAUUUAAGUAAGUCAGCAGUUCCAGGUGUUUUAUCAUCUGUCAGCAGUGAUGGAUGCGGUUUCACUCUGCCCCUGAAGCAAACAAAGCCACCUCAUGGGACUCCGCCGCCACCUUCCGUCGUCACUUUAGCUUGUGCGUCGUCACACGGGUGUAGAUUCUCUCAGAGGAAGUCUUCGUGCUCCUCUACCACUGAUCUGAUCACAUUCAGUGAGUCUGAAGAAGAAUGGGAAGCAGCCCAGGGACGAGCUUCUGCUGCCAAAGUCCCCCAAUCUCAUGCAGACAUUGCAUGUAGAGUCAAAGAAAGGUGGUCACUCAAUUAAAACAUUUGGUUUUUUAUAGAUUAACUUCCAUAAAAAAAACAAUGUUUUGGUUAUCCUGCUCUGCUCUGUAGUUUACUGGAUGAGUUAACCCAUGAGGAUGAGGAGGAGGAGGAGGGCGACCAGUGUCGGAUCUGCCACGAUGGUGACACGUCACCAGGCAACCCGCUGCUGUCGCCCUGCCUGUGUUCAGGAAGUCUACAGUUCGUUCACUUCGAAUGCCUGAAGAAGUGGAUUGAGACCAAACUUCAGUCAGGGCGGUGUCUCACUGUCGUCCAGAGAUGUGAACUUUGUGUCGGGGAGCUCACACUGGACCCUGGUAUGUUUGACUGGGACGAGUGUUUCCGAAGACAUCACCUGCAGCUGGAUGACUUCAGCGACCUGUUUCAUCAGCGAGAGGCAGGAGGAAUGUUGACGUUCAGGUCAUUGUUCCCAAGAGCUUUACGACCAUCACUGGGACCAUCUACCCAUUCAGUCUCCAGGAUGCGUAUAUGGUCACUGCUUCCUUACCAAAUAGGGAUGAGACUCCAAAGAAGCAGGAGGAGGAGGAGCAACUCACCAGAGUCAUUUGACACUUGACCCACGUUUUUACACCGUGUCUCAAUAAAUUGCAACGCAUCUCA